AUGGCUGCUCUGCUGCACAUUUCCCGUCUGCGGCAGGCAUUGCUGAGCAGCGCCAGAGAUGCAGGAGAGGUCUUGACGAAAGCCUUCAGGGCCGAUGAAGCUUCGAGGGUCUCCCAGGUAGUCGCUGCUUUCCUGGAUGGUCCGCACGCAUCUGGUGCGGCGGCGGCACUGCCAACGGCAGCAGCGGAUACCCAGAGUUCAUCGCAAGUAUCGGCGCUGGCCACCGACCUUCCAGCGCCCGGCGAUGCCCCCGAACAAGGCAAGAUGACCUCGUCCAUCCCCGUUUUCGAGCCCAUAUUGGAGCGUGCAGCCUCCCCGAGGGACAGUUUUGCUGAGUUGCGCAGUAGCACAAACGCCACAAGAGGCUUUGGCAGUCGGUUGGAUGAAUCAGAAGGCUGGUUUCUCACGGAUAUAAUUUCUGGGUGCGAAGAGGGGAGCGUACAUGCCUACAUGGUUCGAAACGGCACCCACGGCAGUGGCGGCAGCAGCGUGAGCAGCAGCAGCAGCCGCAGUAGAGGUCAUGGGAGCAUGGUAAUGGUCUCAUCAGUCGAGUCUUUGCUGUCUGCAGACAGAGAUGUAGAUGACAUAGACGGUCUGAGCAGCGGUGGGUCAUCCAAGGAUGAGGAGGACAGCCAGCCACGACUUGUUGCCCCCAUUGUUCUUUCUGGGGUGUAUCCUUCAACGGGUACAAUCGCAGAAGAUGAUACGCAAGCGGCUGCUGAUUUGGAGGAGCAAAUGGAGCAGGACACUCUUCCUCUCCUAUCAGCGUUGGGAAAGCAGUGUGACGAUGAGGCGAUUUAUAUCGUUAACCGCAGACCUAUUUGUUGGGAUGGGGGGAGAUUUUACAUGAUCGAAGCAGGACAUGGGUGGAUCAGCUACCAGUCACUUGAGCAUCUUCUAAGUUUCCUGAGAGAGACUGUGAAGGUUUUUGGUGCUGAUCAUCUAAGGAAGACAAAGUUUUUGCUACCUGUCGGGGAGGCGGAGGUCUUUCUUGAUGAGCUGCAGAAGAUAGUUCCAUAUUCCUUGAAGGACUUUUUCAGUGCCGCGAAGGCAGGUAUGUUGACAGAGGCAGCAGUUGCUUGGGGCGCGGCAGCUGAGGUCGGAGCAGCAACAGCAGCAACAGCCAGUGUACCUGCUGCUGCUGCGGGAGCAGCAGCAGCAACAGCGGCCGCUGAAACCGCAGCCGCAGCAACGGGUGCGGCCAGUGUAUACGGCGUUUGUUCUACAGCAAUCGCACUCACACCUUGGGUGAUUCUGAUCGGGGGUUUCGCCUACGGAGUGUACUGCGCCAAGCCGGCAGGAAAGCAGGCAGUGCUGGAGCAAGUUGCACAGCCUACAGAUAUCUUGGUCCUCCACACAGCGCAGAAAUCAGAAUGGGGAGCACUAGCAUUGACGUUGGCUCGACAGAAGUUAUGGCAGCAAUACCAGGCUAGCAAGCAACUUCUGCAACGGGAUGUUCUGAAUGUGGUGUUCUUUCUCAUAGCCACAAAACGACCAGCUCCAGAACAGCAGCUUGCAGAGUGUGCUCAAGGCAAUUCAGGUCGCCUGAAUUUGUUGACAGCCCUGCGUAUUGCAGGAACAUUCACAGGGAUAAUCCAUGUAGGUAUAGGGACCUCUACAUUUGACAUGAGUGCAGUCAACACCAAACAGGACGGGCGGUUGCAUACAGUUGGCACCCUAGCGGGCGCGGUUUUGCUUCACGUCAUACCCAGGAAGGGUGAUGUAGAGAGAAUAGCGCCGCUAACCAUCCGGGCUGCUCAGUCCCACCAGGCCGCUAUGUGCACCGUGGAGCACCCGGUGGCCCUCGGGCCGGGCCCUUCAUAUCUUCUUUGUGUUACAAGGAUGUGGGACAGGAAGUUUGUUAUCCGCAAUGCGGAUAUGCCCGACGAAAUGCAGCAGGAUGCGAUCGACUGCGCAAACCAGGCUUUGGAGAGAUAUAAUAUUGAAAAGGACAUUGCGGCUCACAUCAAGAAGGAGUUCGACAGGAAGCACAACCCCACCUGGCACUGUGUUGUAGGCCGAAACUUCGGCUCUUACGUAACCCACGAGACGCACAACUUCAUUUACUUUUAUAUUGGACAGGUGGCGGUUCUGUUGUUCAAGUCUGGAUGA